GUCAAAUGCCAUAAAUUCAAUUAGAAUCAAGGAGUUGAAACUGAACGAUCGAGUAAGUACUUUUGGUAUACUCUUUGAACUGCAAAUAUAUUAUUAGUAUAAAUAAUUAUUAAUUUCUGGUAAUUUAUUUCCCUAUCAAUACCAAUGUAAAAGAAAAGUUGAGAUAUCUUUUGACAAAUGUAUCUAUGAGUGACUAUGAUGGAAACUUCAUUAAAACAGAGAGAUGUAUUUGAAUAGAAUCCAUUGAAUACAAAUCAUCAUAAAUGGUAUAUUUUCUUUAUUUGGGAAACAUAAUUAAAACCAUUAACAAAGAAGAUGCAACUUCUCUUAGACCAAAUCCUUUUAGUCUUUGUUUUAUAUAACAACUACCGUUUUCUUACACACGAGUUAAAAAAAAACAUAGAUGAUGAAACCAGUUCCAAGGCUUUGGGUUGUCAUCCCGGUUACGUUUGUGUUUUGUCUCUUCGUUCUGUUUCAACUCCAGAUAUCAAACUUGUUCGGAAAAAAUCUCCAAAUCACUCAUCAAGUAAACAACUUCUUCAUCUCCAUCGCUUCUUCAUCACACCAUCAAACCCCAAACCCCACCAGAUUUGCGAAUGAGAGCGAUGGAAACAGAGCAAAACAGCCCCAAGAAGAAGAAACUUGUGCAGGAAGGUACAUAUAUAUGCACAACAUCCCAAGCAUAUUCAACGACGACAUCAUUCAAAACUGUAAAACACUCAUCAAAUGGUUCACCAUGUGUCCCUUCAUGGUCAAUUCCGGCCUCGGCUCCCAGGUUUCACUAUCCGAUAACAAGGCAGCUCGUGUCUUAACCUCCAAAACCGGUUCUUGGUACGCAACAAACCAGUUCUUGCUAGCGGUUAUCUUCCGUGAGAGGAUGAAACAUUACGAGUGUUUGACCAACGAUUCAUCUCUAGCCUCAGCGUUCUACGUCCCAUACUACGCAGGUUUUGACGUGAGCCGUCACCUCUGGGGAUACAACACAACGGUUAGAGACGAAUUGGGUAUAAAGCUGGCUAAAUGGCUUAGAGAGAGACCCGAGUGGAGGAAGAUGAACGGUAGAGAUCACUUCUUUGUAACAGGACGGAUCGGUUGGGACUUCAGGAGAGGUUUAGAUGAUGAUUCAGCGUGGGGAAGCAAACUGAUGCUGUUACCAGAGUUUGCUAACAUGACGAUGUUAUCGAUAGAAACCACUGCUUGGACUAAUGAGUUUGCGGUUCCUUAUCCUACUUACUUCCAUCCCAAGAGCUUGUCCGAGGUUAGGAGAUGGCAGAAGAAAGUGAAGAAUGUGAAGAGGAGGUACUUGUAUUCGUUUGUUGGAGCUCCAAGGCCUAACAUGGAUGGAUCUAUAAGGGGUGAGAUUAUAAAGCAAUGCCUUGCGUCUCACGGUAGGUGCAAGUUUCUUGAUUGUAAUAAAGGUCAAGAUUGCGAUAACCCGGUUACGGUGAUGGAAGUGUUCCAACGUUCGGUUUUCUGUUUACAACCUAAAGGAGAUUCGUAUACUAGAAGAUCGAUAUUUGAUUCGAUUUUGGCCGGUUGCAUACCGGUUUUCUUCCAUCCCGGUUCGGGUUAUAACCAGUAUAUGUGGUAUUUUCCAAAGGAUUAUACCAAGUACUCGGUUUACAUACCGGAGAAAGGGAUGAAGGAUGGAACGGUUAGUCUUAGGAGUUUGUUGGGUAGGAUUGAUUGGGGGAGUAUUGUGAGGAUGAGGAAUGAAGUUGUGAAGAUUAUACCGAAGAUAAUAUACACUAAACCGGGAUUGGUUGGACCGGAGAAGAUUGAUGAUGCGUUUGAGAUUGCAUUGGAUAGGGUUGUUGAGAGGGUAGCAAUGGUUAAGAGGAUGAUGGAAGAAGGGAAAGAUCUUCAGAGUGAGUAUUCACAGACUAGGGACUUGAAAAAACUUGAGUGAAAAUCACAUGGAAGAAAUUGGUUUUUUGUUGUUGUUGUUAUUAUAUUUUGUUAGAUUUAUAAGAAAGGUGAGUGAAAAUCAUAUAGUAACAUGUUGGAAGAAGAUAAACAGAUUGCUUAAGACUUUGUUAUAGCAAAUAGCAUGCUCAAAAUGCAUUAUAUGCAUAAUUACAUAUUUCUCUCUU